AUGAGUCUUGACGUGGAUAGCUGCUCUGAGCCGCAACACAAUUCAUCGUCAGGAGAAGAAGAGGUGAUCUUCGGCUGCCGGAAAUCGGAGCUCGCCCUCGUCCAAACUCGUUGGGUCACAUCCAAGCUGGGCCAAACACUCAACCCCUCUCCCACCUUUCAAAUUGCCACCGGCAGUGCCGUUGGCGAUGCCGAUAAGCAGACGCCCUUUGCGGUCCUCUCCAAGCUGACCGGUGGCUCCGAUAUUGGUAAAAGCCUAUGGACUAAUGACCUGGAAUUGAACUUGGUGGUCGGCAAGGUUCACUGUUUGGUGCACAGUUUAAAGGACAUGCCGACCACGCUACCGCCGCAUUGUCUCCUGGGCGCGGUCCCCGAGCGGGAGGACUGUUCUGAUGCUGUCUGUAUGAAGUCCGAUCUGGAGUUCACAUCCAUCGAUCAAUUACCCCCAGGUUCCAUAGUGGGAACGAGCUCUUCGCGGAGGAAAGCGCUGGUUCGGCGAAAUUGGCCUCAUUUGGAGGUUGUAGAAUGUCGCGGCAAUGUAGAUACCCGUCUUGCUAAGCUGGACGCACCUUCUUCCCGGUUCUCAUGCAUUCUCUUGGCGACUGCAGGACUGUUACGCCUGGGACUAGGCCAUCGGAUUACGCAUCGACUGGAUGCUAGUAUAUUCCCUUAUGCCGUAGGUCAGGGCGCCGUCGGGGUCGAGGUGAGCACGGACCGUCCAGACAUACUCGAGCUGGUCCGCCAUGUCGACCAUAAGCCGUCGCGAUGGCGCGGGAUGGCAGAGCGAGCGAUGCUUCGCAGCCUCCAGGGAGGAUGCUCGUCCCAAAUCGGCGUGCAGUCUUCUCUGGAGCCCCUAGAAAAAGAAGAAAACGGAUUGACAGAGGGCUCACGACGAGGCCGUGAUGGUAGCAGCGGCGGCAACCUUAGCUUGCGAGCCAUGGUUCUUCAUGUAGAAGGAACGUCGGAGAUUGUUGCUGAGGACGUGGCCACCGUCCGGUGCGACGAGGAAGCCGAACAACUCGGUGUCUCCGUCGCGAACAUGCUUCUUACCAAGGGGGCGCGGAGCCUAAUGCCCAAACAAUUCUAG